AUGGACAUUCCGCGAAUCGCGCCUCCUUCCACUAACGUGCAUGAUUUCAACAACAGCUUUGACCGUCAAAGUUCCACCACAAGGUCCUCCUAUAACAUGUCCGGGCAAUCAUUCUCAUCACGAGGACCUAUGCCUAUCCCAACACAUUCAAUGACGAACCUCGCCCCGCCACCGUUACCACCACCCCCGCGCAUUAGUGAUUUGGAAGACGGCUAUGACGCAGGCUGGUUGCAUGCGAAUGUUAGAGGAGCUCAUAAGCUCGCCCCUAUCAACCCCAGCUCAAGUCUAUUUGGCAGUCACCGUCGCCCGGAAAUAGUACCGCAGAGUGAUCGAAUGGCUAUCGACGAGUUGGAUGGCCGACAAAGUGGGUUACCCCUGUCCAGGAGUCCCGAAGCUCAUAUCAGAAUCGAGCCCCCGCCACCGAUGGACGAAGGCUUUAGAAAUGCUAUAUCAGUCAACAGUUCUGGUCCGGUCUUGAAGGGAGAGCGAGAUUUCUCUCGACUGAGCGUGAAAGUCUCUUCGGAUGCGUACGAUAAACAUCUUCUAUCCAAAAUAGGGAAACCGCUUUCCCCGCGGCAAUCUAUUAGCGCCGGUAGCGAAAACAAAGCCAUGCUAUCCACACUUACUAUCCCCUCGAGGAACUUUGGAGGUCUGCCUUCCCCUGGAGGCUCCGAUGGGUCUGGUCUCGAUGUCCGGUGGCCUAGUAGCUAUCAGUCGGGUGGGGUUUCACCUGGCACGAAGACUGGAUGGAGGGAUUAUGUCGGCCAUCGAAGCCCAAGCGUGGAGAGCAGCGCCCCGUCGUCCGCUGUCGACUACGACCAACCGGCCUAUCUGCGUGGCCGUCGUGGGGGCGGAACGACACCCUUGUUUGACGAUAACACCAGCCUUCCUAGCCGUUCGAACCGAGGAAGCUACGAUCAUGGCGUCUUCUCAGAUAUUGAAGGUGAUUUUUCAACAGAUGAAUCGCUGCCGCCUCGGAUAUUCAAUCUUCGGGCGGCAACACCGCCUUAUCUGGAAGCCUCCAAACCAGGCAUGAAGCGCAGAGCAUCCUCGCCUCCCCGUGAACCGAUCAGCAAUGGCAGACAUUCACUUCACGUUGCCACUAGUAACGGUGAUCUAUCUCAGCGACGAACUAGCGGCCAUCCAUUCCCGAACACUCUAUCAGUCAACGUUAACUAUGCCCCCAGUCAUGGAAGUCUGUCGGCUGCCUCAUCAGUGAGCCUACGAACCUCUGGAUCCUACUCAUCGGCGGGCCUCUCUAUGGGGGGAAGCAGCUUGACGAGCUAUGAUCGCUCCCCCGGGGGACUCUCGCCUAAUUCUGACCUCGAUACCUUCCAUGACAAAUCCAUCCUCAACCCUAGCUCCCCAGUGAACCUGAGCGGACAAUCGAUCACACGGAAUGUCCAGGCUCCGGGAACAUUAGAACCGUCGAGCGCAGAUACUACUCGGAAAGUCCCCAUGCAACCAACCCUAAGCGUGCCAAAGCCAUCGGGGCCUAAGGUUGGCGGGCUGUACAUUUGCGAUUGCUGUCCCAAGAAGCCUAAGAAGUUUGACAGCCCAGAGGAGCUUCGUGCACAUGAGAUGGAGAAACAAUAUUCGUGUUUGUACUGCAAUAACCGGUUUAAGAAUAAAAACGAGGCUGAGCGCCAUCAGAACUCUCUCCAUCUGCGGCGCCACUCAUGGUCAUGUGCGGCACUAUCAAGCUACCAGGCUGCGUUUCAUCCUUCGUCUUCAUCGGCACAAACAAGCUCAGGUUCUUCUCACGACAUAUGUGGCUACUGUGGUGAAGAGUUUUCCAACUUUCCUCAGCCGGACUGGGACCGCAGAUUCGAGCAUCUCACUACGGUACAUAAGUUCGGGGAAUGCAACAAUGCGAAGAAGUUCUUCAGGGCAGAUCACUUCCGACAGCAUCUGAAACAUAGUCAUGCCGGCACCAGUGGAAAGUGGACCAACAUAUUGGAGAAUGCCUGCAUGAAAGAAGAAGCACCCCCGGAGCCGAAAAACUCCAGUGGAAGCGGGAUGAUGUCAACGUCGCCUGGGACACUCACGUCGAAUAAUAUCAACGAGGUCCUGAGCGGCUGCUGA